CCCACGCAAACGGCUGCCGCGUCAGUCUGCGCUGAGUCCUCGUCGUGGAAGUUGCGCUCUCUCUUGGUGUGUCACGAUCAGGGCAGCUGGUCUUAAACUGUUAGGGCCCUGUUAUCACCGCACAGAAGAGAAGCGAGAACCGAUCAACAAGGUAUCAGAGACAGAGUGUAUUAGAUCAGUGCGUGGGGAAAUUCUCAAAUCUCUUCCUACAGCCAACGGUCUAAGAUAGACUAGGGAAAUUAAUACAGCUAUGUCUUUGGAGGAAUCACGGAGAUCACAACGUCCGUAUCGAUACGGGAUGGUCUUGCUAUGUGUCGGAGCUCUCAUCAACUGGUUGGGUUUAGCAGAGAAUUAUGUUGAACCAGUACGUUACGUCGGUGUCGCCUGCAUAGUUGCUGGGGCUCUACUCAUUUGCGCCGCAAUGUGCUGUUGGCUACACGCACCGCCAACUAGGACGAGCAUGCAUACGCAACACACGAACCAUCCGAUUACGGCACAGAUCGAUGACCCGAUCCACGUGAUUUCUAUCGAGGAACCGCCUGGCGUGUCGAGGCAAAAACCACCGGAUUACGAAGCGGUGACGGAUGCACCACCGAGCUAUGAUGAUGCUAUCAAGUUAAAUCCUAGUCAAUUAAUCAGGUUUAGCAAUGGUAGCACGCCUCCGUUAUCCUCAGGACAAAUUAUUCCGACGACUAUCAGUAUCGUCUCACCAACGCUAACACCGCCACCACCAUACGCGAGGUGAGAUUAAAGUGUUGAAAAUAGAGACCAAUGAAUACGCAGGUCUACGACGUGAAUGGAAAAUCGACGUACACCGUUGUCAAUUGCGAAGAGCGAUCACGUUUUGUGGACUGCGAAUAAUACGAUCAUACGACAAUUCCGUUGUUUGCUCUUGUCGUUAUGAGAUGUAUAACGUAUACGUAUAGCUGCAAGAUGUGCAAGAUGUGAAGGAGAGAAAGUUGAACCAUUCAAAAAACGCUCAAUGUUACCAUGAUCAAGAAUUGAGAGAAGAUCUCUUCGCGAUGCCUCAGAUAUAUUUAUCAAUUGCUUAGAUUAUUAUCUAUUAAACACUGCGAACUCUGAUGGCACUGACAUCGUUCAGUGCUUAGAAUGAUUAAUUCUUCCUUUGUAACUGCGUUACUGUAUUUCCUAUCACGAAUCCAGAAAAAAAAAAACAGAGAAUCGUUUAACAGAUUCCGUUUUAAUUAUGGCAAUAUCCGAGUUUAUUCAACGCGGCCUAAGACUUGCGGUUACUUUCAAAUUAUAUCACGAAUCCAAACUUCGCUUUAUUAUUUCUCGAAAGUCAGAUGGAUCUCUCAUGGAAUCGCGCUCAUUUUAAAAAAUUAAGAACGCCUAAAGGUGAUACGUAACGACAUACUGACACACAGUGCACAAUUGCAAACAUACAAGUCUAUACAUAUCGUACUUCUUUCAAUGUAAUCCAAUAAUCGCGUCUCAAUGAGAAUCUAUCUGCGAUGAAUUAUGUCAUAGCGACCGCGAUUUCUAUCAACUGCGCUAUUGCUCGGCCGUAUUGUAACCGCGAGAAUGAAGUAACGACUUUUGACAGUCAGAUGUUUCGUUCAGCUUGCGGUCGACUGUUCAUUUAAUUUAACGAUUCCAGUCGCGCCUGAUUGACGCCGAUCUGCAGAAACGGUGGUCUCUUAAAGUCAAUUGACGAAGCAAACACGUGUUUUCUAGAAUAUGUAUUUUUAAUUCAUCGUGAUCGUGAGUUAUUUCGGAAGUGACGUGAAAAAAAAAAAUUGACGGAAUCACGUAAAAUAAGUAAAUCGCAUCGAUUUAUCCCUACAUAAUACAAUGUAAUAUUUAAAAUUCAUCGUGUUCCAAUAUUGAUCCACGUCACUUUCGAAAUAAGCAGCUCAACUAUUCACUAUUAAGUCCACGUGACUUUUAUAUAUAUAUACGAUGGGAAAUGUUCGCGAUAGAUUUUCUCACUCCGGGACACUGUCGGGAUCGCAAUGCGCGUUUGAAUAGAGGUUCGCGUCCCACGAUGAUUCGGAGAGGAAUCACAGUAAUAGAGCAUUUAGACGCGUUGCAAACUCAGCUGCGCGCAUAAUUUACUGAAGAAUGAUCUUCUGCCAUAUCUCAGUGUCUAUUAUUUAAAUACAUACACACGCGCGCACAGCACACUCAUGCGAAAGCCGUUCGCACGUCCAUUUUAUUGUGAUAUAUACUGUUAUACAUAUACAUACGUAUAGAUAUAAUUAUGAUGCAACACUGUCGAAUGCAAUGGCGAUGCGUAAAGUAAGAUUUUUUUAUAUAUCGAAAAUGCAAAUACAAAAUACGAAAUUUUUCUACGGCAA